UGGAGGAAAUUUUAACGUCUAGUCUCUGUUGCGUUUGAUGAUCCAAUUUAUGAUCAAGUCAAAGGCAAGAUCCUAGUUGACAUUGAGUAAAUCAAAACAAUAAUCUUGGAAUGAAAAUGACAACAUGAAAGAUAGAUGGCAUAGAUGACCUUUUAAUCUGUGCAUCUUUUUUACUUAACAUUAAAAUGGACAACUUAGAAGAGCUAGCAAAAACAAGGAACUUGUUAGAACAAUUAAACAUAGGCGUCAUAAGAAAUCUAGAAAAAAAGACUGGUGUAUGCAAAAUUGAGAUGGAUCAAAGAUCCCCAGCAGAUCGUCAUGCUGUAUUAAUGUGGGAACAGAGAAAUGGUUGCUUCCUGCCAGAAGAUUUUAAGAACUUUUAUUUGACAACUGAUGGCUUCAAAUUGACAUGGAAUGUGAAAAUGGACAAUGGUCCCACUCCAGUUGGGAAGCUGUACAUCAACAGAGUCAGUCAGUUGAUCCGUAUUGCUGGUAAUACGGCAUCCAGUCAUGUUAAUCCUACAUUGCUGGACCUAGAGGCAGACUCAGAUAAUGAAGAUGAAGCUACAGGUUUAGAGAAACCAUCAUUUGACAGCAGAUGUAAGAUAUAUGAAAUGGAUCCAUGUGAUGGGUAUGGGAGAGUUUGUUUAGUUUUCAGAGAAAACAAAACAGGAUACAUAGAUUCUCAGGAAUUGUUUGAUGGAAAACACACAUCUGAGUUGAUCAGAUUUGGAGGAAAUGAUCCUAAGACUGAAGUGUGGUUUUUAGACAGAUCAUUGAGGUGGCACUUCCUUGCAGAGUCAUUCAUGGCAUACUUCAGGUUAAUGUUGAUGCAUUUAGGACUUCCACAGUGGCAGUAUGGUAUUACUGACAUUGGACUUAGUCAACAAGCUCAGCAAUGGUUUAAUAUUUAUGCACCUACAAGACUGGAACUUGACAGAGAAUUGUUGAUGGGUAAUGGAUCUGAAGGACAGAAUAAAAUGCCUGUUCUUAAUUUAGAUGUCAAUAAAGUCUUCAACAAAGGAAAAACUGAUAAAAAAAAGCCUCCUGCACAAACUUCUCAGAAUCAGGCAAGCUUCAAUAAAAAGAAACCAAUAGUUUCAUCAGCAAAAACACCAGCUACAACAACAAGUACAAGAAAUAUCACUGCAUCUUCAUCACAGAUCUCUACAAAAGGCACAAAAUGAAAACUGAUAUUUUAUUGUUUGUUUUACUUGAGCACAUUUAUUUGACUAACAUUCACUAUUCUGUAUCAAUAUGUGUUUGGCUGUGCCAUAAAAUAUGAAAUGUAAGGAUGUUAGUCCAAUAGCUGUGGUGUUGACAGCAGGAUAAUUUGUAUUUUGAAUACAUAACAAUUUGAACUAAGUUUUCGGUUUCCAUCUUGUAUUUUGUCAGUUGUUCUUAACCUUAUUGUCAUUUUUUGUAUUUAUUAAUUUGUGUAUAAAGAAUGAUUGUAAGAUGUACAUGUACUUUUCAUAAGGUUUAUUUAUCAUUGACCUCAUGUCAAUGAUUCAUUGAUCAUUCAAUGUUAAAUUUUUGUGAUAAGGUCACAAGCACUUUGAUUCAGAUACUAGAAACAGAAGGUUAAGUGUACCGUAUGUGUUUAUACCCUACAGAAACGAUGAAAUGAUUACAUGUCUGAUGGUUUGGUUACCUUGACCACCACCUCACUAUUAAGGCUCAUUUAUUACUCAUGUAAGUCAGGGGCGGAUCCAGCCAUUUU